UGCAAUAUUUGGUCCGUUUUAUUUUCAUUGUCCACUUAAUUAUAUGAUGAUAAUCAUCUUGUAAUUCAACAUAUUUGCCUUAUUCUGUGUCUGCAUUCAUCAUAGUGAAAUAUGGCUCCGAUAUCACCGAAGAAGACAUCGAUUGGUGUUGAGUGCGCUUUUUGUCUACGAAACGCCAGUCAUUUGGUCCCAGUUUGCGAUCAUUGUGUGUCUCAUGAUAUGAACAGUACUUCAUCCACUUCUUUAAGUGAUGACAGUGUCGAUGGUAUUCAUGCCAUCAGUGGUCACACAAAUGGCACAAAUCAGCAUAACUCUGAAGCGAUGCAGGAUUUGAAUGGAAAUCAUAUUCCGGACACUAUAUGUGUUAAGUCUUCGACAAAGUAUAUACUAUUUGGCACUUAUAUGACAAGUUGUCCAGCGAUUGAAUUAAGCGCGAAGUCCAUCAAAUUCUGUGACAUUAAGCCAAACACUUCGAGCGCCAACUUUAGGUUUAACAUAACGGUUCCGUUCGGUGACAUCCGGCGUGUGAUGUACUGUCCGUCGCCCGCUCUGUCACUCGUUUUGAUGGAAGUAACCGAAGAAUCCAAUGAGAAAAUACAAGUCUGUAUGCAUUUGGGCCACAGAUUUGAUGUCAAGUCUCAGAUAUCAUUGAACGCUAUAUUGUAUUUGAAUUGGAGAAUAAUCUUUUGGAGGAAUCAUUUAUUGAGAUACUAAUCCGUCGCUCAAAUGCCAAAAAUAAUAACAUUAUUACCCGAG